AUUUACGUCCCCUUGUGAAUCUUUCUGUGCGCAUGCGUUUUAAGGACCCUACCGCCACUGUUUGAAAACAAACUUGAUCAGACUUGUAUUUUGACAUUUUCCCCAACUGUCAACGAAAAAUGACGAGUCCAUUGGAGGAUCCGUCGCUGGAGCGGCACUUUAAAGGUCACCGUGACACGGUGACGAGUGUCGACUUCAACCCCAACAUGAAACAACUUGCCUCUGGCUCAAUGGACAAUUGCUUGAUGGUCUGGAACUUUAAACCACAGAUGAGAGCAUACAGAUUUGUGGGGCAUAAGGAUGCCGUUAUGAAUGUACGAUUCUCACCAUCAGGACAUCUGGUAGCCUCCGCAUCUAGAGAUAAAACUGUUCGCCUUUGGAUCCCUUCUGUAAAAGGGGAGUCAACAGUGUUCAAAGCCCACACUGCCACAGUACGAUCUGUAGACUUUUCCGGAGAUGGACAGACGCUUGUUACUGCAUCAGAUGACAAAACUAUAAAGUUAUGGACAGUACACAGACAGAAGUUUCUCUUUUCACUCAACCAACACAUGAACUGGGUCAGGUCGGCAAAGUUUUCCCCGGAUGGCCGACUGAUUGUGUCAGGUAGUGACGACAAGACAGUUAAACUCUGGGACAGAAAUAGCAAAGAGUGUGUCCACACAUUCCAUGAACAUGGAGGGUUUGUAAAUCACGUGGAGUUUCACCCGAGUGGCACAUGUAUAGCUUCAGCUGGCACAGACAGUACAGUUAAAGUGUGGGACAUAAGAAUGAACAAACUUCUACAGCAUUAUACAGCCCAUUCCGCAGCAGUCAACAGUUUGUCAUUCCACUCAAGUGGUAACUACCUCCUGUCUGGCUCAGAUGAUGGUCAGCUCAAGGUUUUUGACCUCCUCGAGGGGAGAUUGUUUUACACGCUUCAUGGACAUCAAGGGCCAGUAACUGCGGUGGCAUUUUCAAGGUCUGGCGAGUAUUUCGGCUCAGGUGGAUCAGACGAACAGGUGUUGGUAUGGAAGACAAACUUUGACCAGGUGGACUUUACCGAGUUGUUGCAGUCUCACAAACAGCGAGCUGGGGAGAACGGGGCCCCCACUGUGGCUGAUAUAGCACCGAAAGUACAGAGGCCUUCAUCUGCAGGCGCAGCUAAAUCAGCUAAGGGUGGAAGGAGUGACAUCAAAAGCAUGGAUGAUGCAGCCCCUGAAGUAACAGAAAUAGGACCCGCAAUGUUCUCAUCCAAUGAGCCAGCAUCAUUUGAUGAUGUAGAGAUGCGGUCGAGUGACUCUCGGCCACGGUCACGGGGCGAUGAUUUCCAACCCCGGUCCACAACACAGCCCCUAGAGGAGAGAGGGACGAUGCCUCCACAGUUGGCGGGGACCCUUGAGCACAUUGUUGGGCAGCUUGAUAUUCUUACACAAACUGUGUCUUUACUGGAACAACGACUAACAAUGACAGAGGACAAGUUACGGGAAUGCUUAGACAACCAACAUCAACUUUCACAGCAAGUUCGGCAAAAGGACUGAUAUCUCUUGUGUGUUGCGCAUUUAUUUAUAUGAACUUUUUAUAUCAAUUACCUUGGAUAUCAGUAGUUUUAUAACAGUCUAUAAUGUCUGCUAGAAUUAACAGAAAAAAUAGCAUGAACGGGUCCUCAUAUUGUAUGUUGCCUUAAGUAUUAAAGUUAGUGAAGAUUGUUUUGAUAACUUAAUUUAAUGUAAUGUUUAAGCUGUAAGUUUUUAUUUUUUUAUUGACAAGACUUAAAAUAUGUGAUGUCUAAUUAGUAAUAGCAAUAUUUAACACUUACUGUGAACAUUUUGAUUUUGAGAUAAUUUUCUAAAUAACAGAACUUGAAUUGAGUCUUUCUGAAUGUCAUGUCGCUACCAUUGUCCAUAGAAAAGAUUCCAAAAACCUUCAGCUGAGUUAGUUUAUGGCUGAAGUAAAAUAUCAAUUCUUGUUGCAUUACGAGCCAUAACAUUUUACAACAACAGUUAAAUUUAUGGAACUUGAUAUAUAGAAAUAUCUGACAGGUUUUUUUUGUGGAAAUACAGUUAGAAUAUGAACAGAAAUGAAACUGCUUUAACUCACUUAACUUCAACAGAGUGCUGAAGAAUCGACGCAAUGUACAACAUUUUUUCCAAGAGAAUAAGUUCUGGUUGAAUAAAAAACAACAACACAAACUCUCAGGCAAUAAUAAACCUGUAAGAUAAUAUUUACGGUGAGAAUCAAUAUCUGAAUGUUACCAUCUGACUGUAAAAUUAAUUGGCCAGUGCACAGAAUGAAAUCUUGUCUUUAGUUUGUGGAUAAGUAUUGUAUUAGAUAUUGGCUUUGUCUCCAAACUUACUUUGCUUUUCCUUUAACAGUUUAAUGUUGUUCUUGGCAAUUUUUGCCCAUUUAUAUUAUAUGCAACUUAAGGUUGUCCUGAGAAUGCUUAGUUUUCCUUGCAGACUGAGCCCACGAUUAUGCAAAUAAAGUUUUAUGAAUCCUUGCAUAAAAUUGAUGUCCAAAAAAUGACAUUCUAUGCUUUAAUUAUGAUUUAGUGCAGUUAACUAUACUAGUAGUUUAAAGAAAAAAAAGAGACAUUUUUAUCAUAAAGUCUAGUUAGUCUUUUGCAUUCUCUUAAAAUAGCAUUUAAUGCUGUCUUAUUCCAAAAAAGGAUUUUUUUGGUCUUAUUUUUUGGAAUUAACUCAAACUUUCAAUCUUGUUUUUAUAAAUUAUGACUUGCUCUUCAAAUAAAACAAAAUAAUUUUAACUACCAUGGUACACUUAGUGGUAUAUACUGAAAAUGUGAAAAAAGAUAGCCCUGUUUUUUGUCUCAUUUUUUCCUGUUUACUUGUUGAUGUACUAUUUUGUGAGUUCUGACUGCUUCUCAAAAAUCUCAUUGUUAAUUUUUUAAAUCUAUUAAAUCUUGUUUUGUCUAUUUAAGUUGCCAUUAAUCUCAUUUACAUGCUAUAAAAGUGCCUGUGAUAUUGUGAAUUGUACAUACAUGUAUGUGUACCCUUUGUAUUAUAGAGAUUUAAUA